AUGACUGACCAGUACAGUAUGUUUUUGACCACGGCCCCUCCCCUGCGCAGAGGCAGCACACCUUUACCUGUGAAGCACCAGCUGCGGCGAGAGGAGGCGGUGUCUGAGGACUGUGACUGGAUCCCGGGUCUGGAGCAGCCCGUCACUCUGCCCAUUACUGAAACAGCGGCGCCUGGAGGGGACUCAUGUGGCCCCGCUGCCCCGUCCACUUACCACAGCCAUGGAGGAGCUCUGCGCUUAGUGCUGCUGGGGCAGAACGGCGUGGGCAAAUCCUCUCUGGCCUUAUCUCUGGCAGGACAGUCGGACCGCUCUCUCUCCAUAGACUCGGAGUCACAGGCAUGCGGUGAAGGGUAUGAGUCCUCGGUUACCGUGGACGACGAGGACAGCAAACUCAUUGUUUACGACAACUGGAAACAGGACCUGUCCACGCUACAAUGCGAUGUGUGCAUCUUGGUGUUCUCGGUCACUGACAGACGGAGCUUUCACCACACCGCCCGGCUCCGCCUCCUGCUGCGGGAGUCCCAACCCAACACACCAAUCAUCCUCGUGGGCAACAAGAGCGACCUGGUGCGCUCUCGGGAAAUCAGCACGGAGGAGGCCCAGUCCAGUGCCAUGAUGUUCGACUGCUUGUACCUGGAGCUGUCUGCGUCUCUGGAGCACGGCACCACGGAGCUGCUGGAGGCGGCCGUGCGGACCGCCAGGGGGGACUGCGUGGGACCGGGCUGGGCAGACGGAGACCCUGGGGCGGGACGCAGAGAGAGCCUGACCAGCCGAGCCAAGCGCUUCCUCGCCGGCCUGGUCCCACGGUCGUACUGCAGAGAGCGGGACAGAGACAGGGGGCGCUACAGGGAGAUGAGCCGACAUCGCAGCAGCAAGAUCUUCAGACAGAAGUCACGCUCCUGCCACGACCUCAGCUCACUGUGA